UCAACCAGAAUUGUGACCUAAAUGGAAGACGUGCUUUGCUGUAUCCUCUCAUUCAAAUUUGCUUUAGAAAUUACAAUUGUGCUGUAAAGAAAGACUGGUGAGUUGGUGGUGAACAUUUACAGGGCAGGAUGUCCUUGGCCUUCCUCGUUUCCGUUUUAUUAUCAGACUCGCACAGCUAUCACUGCUCUGGGUGCGUGCUAGCAAUCCCAGUCCCGGGUGUGGUUCUUGCAGACAGCUGCCAGCGCAAGAGGGGAAAAAAAACUCUUCAAUUGUCUCUGCAGUUUUUGACGAAGAACGAAAGACUUUGCUCUCGAUCUACACUUGGUGUUCGUUCGCUAACAACCAGUUGCAUCAAAGAAGAAAAUGAAUGUCGUCUUCCAUCUACAAGUUCUGUUUGUGCUGACCCCGUUCGCUGCAUGCCAGGGCCACAUAGUUCCAGCAUCCAAUCCUGAGAUUUCUGCACAAAUUGACUAUAAGUUGGAAAAAUCAAUGGUCACAACUAUUUCCUGUUUGUCACCAAAAGGAAGUUUGCCAAUAAACUACACGUUGUAUCGAGACACAACGUUGGUGAAUACCCUUGUUGCAGAGAUUCGGCGUAGAGCGGAAUUUGUUGUGAAUCUAUCAUUCAGUGAAUUACUGGAGACUCUUAAAUGUAAAGCAGAUAAUGGAUUUGGCCCAAAGUACAGCAGAGGGCUGAUUAUAGAUUUGUCUGUUAACUUGACCUCAAAGCCAGAUCCUCCUAUUCUGGGCCAGCAGCUGGCAUUGUCUUGCGCUGUAACUUUCAAUACUCAACACUACGAGUGGUAUUUUGUUUACCCAACAAAGAAUACAACUAAUAACACAGUGCGGAACCAGUACAUUAUUGAAUCCACAAACGUAGGGAUAUAUUACUGCUCUGUAUAUGGUUAUGUUAGCAACGGGAUUGAAGUACUAGUGCAAGAUUUGUCCGUUAACCUGACCUCAAAGCCAGAUCCUCCCAUUGUGGGCCAGCAGCUGGCACUGUAUUGCACUGUAACCUACGACACGAAAGAAAACUACACGUGGUAUUUUGUGCACCCAACAAAGAACAUGACCAAAGACACAAAGCAGAACCAAUUCAUUAUUGAAGCCGCAAACUCAGGGAUAUAUUACUGCUCUGUACACGGUCAUUUUAGCAACAGGAUUGAAGUACCAGAGCAAGAUUCCAGUUUCCAGCCAGUGGUGGUGGGUGUCAGCGUAGGAGCCAUUCUGCUACUCAUUUUGAUUAUUGGGUUGAUCUGUUAUUGUUGUGCAACUAAAGCCCACAGAUUCGAUAUUGCAUGAUUCAUGUGAUGUGCAUCUGUCAAUGAGGUCCUGCUUCAUUAUCCUCAAGCAAAGGACAUUUGAUCCAGGAAAUCCAACAACCAUCAUGACCAACGCCUCAUGUUAUUGCCAAACAGUACGGGUUAUGUUAGAGCAGCACACAGGUCUUUGAUAAGUUACGUCGCCCUCACCAUGGGGUCCGUCUGCUAUUUUAUGUUCUACGACGAUGUCGGCUUGAAACGGCAAUAAAGUCAAACCCAAGUAUCAGUCAAGGCUGGGGUGCAUCCUCAUCUGAUACGACAACGCCAGCCAACCCUGCAAGACUGAAGCUACCCGGAUACUGGAGAAAUCAGAUUAAUGUUACUGACUAUGAUGACUGUAGUUUCAGAUUUUGAACUUCCAAGAUUCAGGUAUAAAGGAUGUGAUGUGAUGCCAUUCUUCCAGCUGUGUCCACAUAUUCCAAAGGAAGAUCAAGGUAUCCCAGUCUGCUUGCAAAAAAUAUUUGUGGAUGCUGUUUCACAAAUACAAAUCAUGUUGAGUUAAAGAGAUCGGUGAAAUAAAUCAAUGUAAUAUCCCCAGAGCUCCAAACCUAUUCACAAAAUGAGUCCAGCACCAGUUUUAACCUAUUCCCUAUAUUUUGCAUAUGAUACAAAUAUUUAGACUGCAGGCAAAGAUUGGAACCUUACAAGAAAUUUGUUAAAGAAACACAGCGUUAACACAAUGAAUGUUAUCUAUUGUACAUUGAAACAUUUUGGCAGGUAGAAUGAGCUGAGUGCCCUCCUUUUAUACUUUUAUCAUUUUUAGAUUCAGAAAUGGACAUUAAUUUUAUUUGGCCCAGAAAAAAACUAGUUAAAGCAAUGCAAAUACUGACAAAGUGCUCAACACCCUGCAUUUUUAUAAGGAAGAAAGUUCAGGCUAAUUCUGCCUUUGGAUUUAUAUUUAGGGUUGGCUACAGAUGAUUAUUUAAAAUUGAAUCGGAAGAUUAUGGUACCCAGAAAAAUAAGUCAGUUUAACACCCAUGCUUGCAACAUUUUCUUUGCAUUUGUAUAAAAACUGUUGUCAUAUUAAUUUUCCUAAGUUUUGCGAUAUGUUUUUUAUUGAGGUUAUUUUUGUGGAUUAGAUUGAGUCACAUCACAAUACAUCCCCUGGUACAGAAAAAUGCUGGAGAAACUCAGCGGGUGCAGCAGCAUCUAUGGAGCGGAGGAAAUAGGCAACGUUUCAGGCCGAAACGUUGCCUAUUUCCUUCGCUCCAUAGAUGCUGCUGCACCCGCUGAGUUUCUCCAGCAUUUUUCUGUACCUUCGAUUUUCCAGCAUCUGCAGUUCCUUCUUAAACACAAUACCCCCUGUUGGUUUCUUCAUACCAGACAGUUAAGGAUGCAUGCCAUCCAAGAGGGAGAAACAGGGAACAGCUGGUUAAUACACAAGACACAAAGUACUGGAGUAACCCAGCGGGUCAGGCACAGCAUCUCUGGAGACAUGGAUAGGUGAUGUUUCAGGUUGAGACCCGUCUUCAGACUCGACCCGAAACGCCACCAAUCCAUGUUCUCCAGAGAUGCUGCCUGACCUGCCGAGGUACUCCAGCACUUUGUGUCCAAGAAGGACAUUGCUUGUCCUUUACCCUGAUCAACCCAGGCUAAUGUUGGUGACGGGGAGGAUCCUUUCCUCAUAUAUACACAUACUAGGGAAUCAGACAUUCGCCACUCUAAUUUAACCACUGAUAAUGAAGUGUCUUGUUACAAAAGUUGUAGUUAAAAAAAAAAAAAAAUCUUUAAAAGAAAGAUCUUAUUUUUGUGUCCAGCCACGAAUGGCAGACGCUUACCUCAGUUGGCAUGAUGGUCCAGAAUCUUGUAUUUAUACACAAUAUUCAUUUAAAUAUUUAAAUGGAACAAACUGUCCAUACCUUUUAAGACAUGUAGUACACAUAUCUGCAGUUUCAACAAAAGAUGUAACAAACUUUGUUAAUAUUAGGCUAGUAGUAUGUAGCAUAAUAUACAUUUAAUUUGCCAUUCUUUCUGUGUUUUUGAGGCUUUAUUUACAGUACCCCUUUCUGAUUGAUUGAUUGAUAGUUUAUCACAGACAUGUCACAGUGAAACGCCUUGUUUUACACACCAUACACAAAGUAUGCAAAGUUUCGCCACCUAUAGGGCACCGACAAACUUACAACGUGUUCAAUGGAGUUCUCUCAGCAGUCCCCGCACUCUCCUCUUCUUGGCAACCCCCACCACCCCCAACGCUGGGUCCCCCAGAGGUAUCAACAAGAUAGGGUGUAGAACUGUCUGAGAUAUUACCAUAGUGAUCACUUUUUAGUUCAGAGUGCAUCAAAAUUGAAUUUUGCCAUCAGGUUUGCAGUAAAUGUGUAUAUGGAGAGUUGCAAAGACUUUAGGCUGAUGCUAAUGCUAAUAAUUGGCAGAGAUUAAAAUAGCGAAACAUAACACAAAUAAUCUGCACACCAUUGUUUCUUUAAUAAGAUAUUUCAUCUCCUCUACUUUUCUGUGCUGAAACAUUGCUGUUGUAUCUGAUAAUGUAGACAUUCUGUGCAUGUGAAUGAUUUAUUUUAGUCAAAUAUAUAAUGGAUUAAAGGUAAUUUGUAAAUCCAGUGUAUUGUGCCAUGCUGUAUUUUUCAUAUUGACUCAUUGUUUAUUUGCUAUAAAUUGUGUUGCAGUCUCAUCAUAACCGCAGGACCAGAGUGAGAAAUAAGGAAAUGCACAUGUUGGCUUAUCAAGGAAAGACGCAAAAUGCUGGAGUAACUCAGCGAUUCAGGCAGCAUCCUUGGAGAAUAUAGAGAAGUGAUGUUUCGGUCAGGACCCUGACCCUUCUUCAUUCAGAUUGCAGGGGAAAAUCAAUCUGUAAAAGUGACCCGACUCAAAACGUCACCUUUCCAUGUUCCUCAUGGAUGCUGCCUGACCCGCUGAGUUACUCCAGCAUUUUGUGUCUAUCCAGCAUGAUCAGAGAUUUUGAUGCAAAAUAUUUUUUAUCGAUGGUCGAGAGGAUUUUUGUUAUCUAUGGUAA